UGGUGAGGGUGGAAGUGUGAGACACUGUGAAUGACUGACUAACACAAAGUCUUCAUGAUUUCAGGUCCCUUUUUUCCCCUCUAGAAGGCUGAUUCUGUCAUUUGUGGAUAUGAAAGUUGUUGAUGAGGAUACCAGGCUGUGGAACCAUUGUUGCUGAAGAUGACUCAGAACAUGUUCCAAGAGGGGCUGUACCAUGUUUUUUUUAAGGACCGCUCCUCGGGCCACUCAUUCACUGUAACCACCAAUCAGGAAGAAUUUAAAGAUGUGCGGAUUGGACGCUGGUUUGGGACAGUCGUUAACACCCGCCUCCUUGUCACUGGGGUUUUGCAGUUCUUCGGUGCCCUGGCCUCCAUCCUAACCACAGUAACCUAUGCCUGCGUGAGCUUCAACUGUUCCGUCUCCAUGACUACACCAAUCUGGUCUGGCCUGUUUUAUCUGGCCACUGGAGGGCUGGCAAUGGAAGUUCAGAGGAAACCCAACAAACUCAACGUGACCACACUGGUAGGCCUGAACAUUUUCAGCCUACUGCUGGGGUCCUGUGCUCUGCUGGCCUACAGCCUCAUCACUACACAUGCUAAAGCACUCUACACAGACCAACAGCGUGUGGGUGUGUACAUAGCGAAGGGCAGCUCUAUCAUGUUCACAGUACAGUGUCUGCUGGCCUCUGUUUACACUCUCUUCCUGUCCUGGAGAGGUCUACGACGGUACAGCGGCCCCCACACUCAGACCUACAACCGUCUAGCACAGGGCCCAGAUGAGGACACUAAUGAGCACCUAAUGGUAACAGGAGAAUUCAGCCUCUGAAUCAGCAGACCUGUAUGUGUGUGUGUGUGUGUGUGCGCGUGUACAUGCGUGUGUGACAAACUAUCUUAAGAUAUUCAUUUGAUGAGGAUGUCUAAGAAUAUACAAAAUGAUGUACCAUACUAACAUUGUAUUUUAUUCCCAUAACAUUAAAUAGAACAUUGACAAUCAA